AUGUCGAAUCUUGAUACACGCUCUCCGUCGUCGCGAUGGGGGGAGUCGCUGCUGAUGCGGGCAUUGAGCAAGCGGCGGACGUGGGUCUUCCUCUUCCUCGUCGUCUACUCCCUCCUCCUCUCCUCCUCCUGGAACCUCCUCCUCUCCAUCCGCUCCUGGUACAACUCGGCGGCCGCCUCCGCCUCCUCCCGCGCCGCCGCCGGCUGGAAGGCCCUCUACGCCUCCGUGCUCUACGGAGGGGUCUUCGGCCUGCUCUCCAUGGGGGCGGCGCUGGCCGUGGCGGUGCCGGCCACGUUGGUCACCUGGAUCACGAUCCUCGUGCUGCUCGCCUUCGCCGGGAAGCCCCGACGGGCGCUCGUCGCCGACGGCCGUCGGAUCACCGCCGACAUCGCCGGUUUCGCGCUCAAGAUCCUCCUCCGAGAGGGAAACCUCGUCGCCGUCGUCGGCGCCGUCCUCAGCUUUGUUGCCCUCCUCCUCCGACGGAGACGAGGCGGAGCUGAGGACCAAGGUUUUUGUUCUAUCAUUGCAUCUCCAGAGUCUUUCAGAAUAUUUCGUCUAAAUCAUUAUAUUUUUUUUUUCAUAAUCUAUAAAAUUUGGAUUUAUAGCUGUACCUUGUCUAUUUUGUGUUAAUGCUUUUUGGUGGAUAGCUAUAUUCUUCCUUAAUUCCUGGGAUUUUCUUCAUUUACUUCUUGCUGUUGUCACUAGAAUCCGAGGAUAAAGUAUGGCCUUGGAUGUCUCUCAUCUAAUUCUAUGUAAUUCUCUUUUUCUUGGAGUUAACCUUUUCUUUUGUUGCUUUUGAUUGACCGAAAUUGGUCCAUUGCAUUGUUAUUGCUUGAAGGUCUUUCCUCUGCUCUUUUGGUGUGCUUUUGAGGUUUAAUUGUUUUGGGUGGGAAAAAUUGUGUUACAAGCUCAUGAUUAAUAGAUAACAAGAUUGUUCUCUUGUAUUUCCCUCCUUCCCACCAUUUGUGUUACUCGAUCUAUUGUUCUGCUUCUUUAUUUAGCUGACUGAGCUCUUUUUGCUUAUUUUUCACUGAAAUUGUGCCUCCCGUUAUUAUCUUGUUUAAAGCAUUACUGAAUGUUUUGAACUCUGAUUUGAUAACUUACUGGUGAUAUGGAACAUUGAAUGGAGAUUUGUAGGAGAUUUUUGGCCCAACACAUACUCGUAUGUUGACAGGGCUUUACACAUAUGGUGUCUUUUUAUCCUUAUGUUUGCACCAAUAAUGUGGCUUACAUGUUCUUCAUGUGAUCUAAGAACUAGAUCAGUUUCAUGAGUGAACAAUGGCUAGGCCUUUGACUGACAUGUGAGCCUUGCAGUCAAGUUUUAGGCAUGUCAUGUGGUUUUUUGUCUUUCUCAAUGUUGGAGAAGAGAAUGGCCAAACCAGCUACCGCACAAAGUGUUCUGAAUUUUUACUUGUAGAAUUUUAAGGCUCACCAAAAUUGUCUGUAGUAGAGUUUCUGUCCAACAUAAUCUCUACCACGAUUUAAGUAGAAAUUUCUUUUUUACUCUCAUAGUAUUUCUUUUUUACUCUCAUAGUAUUUUUACUUGUAGAGUUGUCGGCCUGUUGCCUGUGU